AUGCCCUGCAGCAUUCCAGAAAGGGAUAAUGACAGCUUACUAAGAAACACCAGAUGCCUGUGCCAUUUUUGAAGUCUUCCAUGAACAGACAGCAAUGCUAUUGCUAGGGUGCAGUUUGCAAACCUCUAAAGUCUACUAGCCUACAGUGUGUGGUUUUCCAUUUUAAGGAAUAUUUGGCUUUUACAAUGAACAUUUGGUCGGAAAAUACAACAGACAUUCAAAGAACACCUAUAUGAAGAAUUUCAACCUUUUUUCCUCACAAAAGUUUUAAUUCCCCCAGAAUGCUUAUUAGUGCUAGGAGGUUAAGAAGAUGCCAGUCUCUUCAAUUACUUGCCUCAUGUUUUGUUUUAUCAUUAAUGGCUUUAUUGGUUCAAGAAGACAAUUCCUUGGUCAACCACGUAAAGUCCUAUUCAUACAGGUACCUCAUAAAUAGCUAUAACUUUGUCAAUGAUAGUCUGUCUGUUCCUCGGGACAGAUCUGAUGGGGCAGCUGGCUACAGAUAUCUGAUCAAUAACAGGCACAAAUGUCUAAAUGAGGAUGUACUGCUCUUACUGUUUGUAAAGACAGCUCCUGAAAACAGAAGGCGCCGCAAUGCAAUUCGAAAGACUUGGGGCAACGAGGAUUACAUCCGUUCUCGGUAUGCUGCCAACAUUAAAGUUGUGUUUGCCCUCGGAGUUGAAAGAGAUCCAGUAAAAAGUCACCACACUCAACAAGACCUUGUCAACGAAAACAAACGCUUCAAGGAUCUAAUACAGCAAGACUUCAGUGACACCUUCCACAACCUAACCCUUAAGUUGCUUUUGCAGUUUGGGUGGGUAAACUCAUUCUGUCCUAGUGCUAAAUUUAUUAUGUCUGCUGAUGAUGAUAUCUUUGUCCAUACCCCUAACUUGGUUACCUACCUAAAAAGCUUGCCUAUUGAGACACAGGAUUUCUGGAUUGGUAGAGUCCAUCGUGGGUCACCUCCAAUAAGAAGCAAAGCCAGCAAGUAUUAUGUGCCUUAUGAAAUGUAUCCCUGGUCAUCUUAUCCUGACUACACUGCAGGAGCUGCGUAUGUUGUUUCUAGAGAUGUGGCUGCAAAAGUAUACGAAGCAUCGCAGACAUUGAACACAAGUUUGUACAUAGAUGACGUUUUCAUGGGAAUCUGUGCCAAUAAAAUGGGAGUUGUUCCUCAGUAUCACGUAUACUUCUCCGGAGAAGGGAAAUCUCCAUACCAUCCUUGUAUUUACAACAAAAUGAUGACUUCCCAUGGACAUUUAGGUGACCUUGACUAUUUAUGGAGGCAAGCUACAGACUCUAAUGUAAAAUCUCUUAGUUCUGGAUUUUUGGGUAACGUAUAUUGUAAAAUAGUAAAUAUCAUGCUUCUCUGUAAAAUUGGCUAUGUGGAUACAUACCCCUGCUCAGCUGCAUGGUCCUAGUACAACUAAAGAGUGAGUUUGUAGGUGCAGCACCAAGGAAUCCAGGAGGUAGAAAAAUUAAAAAUAUAAACCUUUAUUCAAGCAUUUUAAAAUGGUAGUAGGAAAAAGCAUGCCCCACACUAAACAAUGGGCUGUUCACUCAACGCGUUUCAUGGCUCUCGCCACUUCCUAGUACAACUGCAAUAGUUGGCCAAAGUGCUUGCUUUCAGUUUGAUUUUUUUUUUGGCAAAUAUUCUCUGGAUCCUUUGUGGUCCCCACCCGUCUGCUCAGGAACAUAUACUAUUUUUGCUUUCAAUAACGCUUAUAAAAUCAGUUACUGAACAGCAAUAAUAAAAUGCAGAAAUGUUUACUGUGACGCACUGUAUCACUCAUGCUGUAAUGCAUUAAUGGCUGUGUUUUAUGUAUCCAUGUCCUUGUUUACAGAUUUAUUGUGAAUAUCUAGAAAUGACUGUUGUUAAACAAUGCAAGAGUAUAAAGCAUAAAAAUAAUCCCCAUGAGCACACUGCUCAGAUGAGUUAAGAGAAGCCAGAUGGAGUUCAUUGGCUUCCUAAGGAGUCCUACAGAUGUACUGCACUGUCUAAAGCAAGGGGCCUUAUGGAUCUCCAGCUCAGCUUUAGCAGUUGUGGGAUGCUGGGAAGUUUAGUUUGCAACAGCUGGUGAAGACCCAUAUGGAAAUCUUUGGUCUGAAUUGUUAUAGUGCCUUCUAAUGCUAAGCUAAAAACACCAAUAUAAGUGUCUGAUAGUUUGUAUUCAUACAUGUUACACAGGUUGACUAAGGUGAGUUUUACCAUCUAAAAAGCUGUAUGUAAGGCGGGUAUUAGACAUUCCCACAAACUAAUACCCAAUUAAUGGGAAAGCUGCCUCUGAAAUCAUAGUUCAUUUAUUCUUUCCACAAUUAACAACAUCAUUGCAUUUACAUCAAGGAUGAGUAACCUGCAUCUUUCCAGAUGCUGUUGAACUAGUUUUCCCAUUCCACCGAUAGUGAGGGUAGGGAGAUGCCCUUGUUCCUUUUUUAAAUAAUUGUUAUUUUUCAAUUAUUUAAAUACUUUGUAUUAAUAUAGCUUAAACCACUUCUAAUGUUGGUACAGUCACAGGGCAGUGUUCUUUAUAAAUAAAGCUCUUUAGCAUAAGAAGGAACUUGCAAACUAGAAAAAAAAAAUGUGAAAUAAUCUUAGUGUGAACAUAUUUUGAACUACAGCAGGUCUGUUUUACACAAAAAAUAUAUUUUUAUACUCUAGUAGAACUGCUUAUUUAUUAUAAAAGAUAUGAAGGCAGGUAAAACAAACCGCCUGAACUUUCAUGUACUGGAAAUCCUUUUGAUAACUUUAGUUCUUUUUGUGGAGGGAUUUCCAACAAAAAUGGUGCUAUUUACUGCAAGUUUGUGAGACGGAGAGAGCCAUUUCCAUGGCAUUUAUACAUCAGAGUGUUUCAGUGGUUCUCAAGUAGUGAGUUCCUAGUAAAGCACACGUGCACUUGUGUGUUUGUCUACUUUUAGCUGUAUGUUUUGUGUAUUUUUUAUGUUAUAAAGUAUUGCUUUACUCAUGAGCAAUUUUACAUUUGUAAGUCUUCUCAUUUUCAGAUAAUAAACAGAUUGAGUCCAAAAA